AUGUCUGCAAUCACAUCGACCACCCAAGCCGCCCAGGCGGAGCCGCUCAAGGUCAAGCUUGUAACUAGAGCAAAGAAUGAAGAUGGCUCUGCGCUCUACCCAGACUACCUCCCUUUCUAUGAUCCACUGGAGAAAGUUGAAGACCUUGGCGAGUUUGAUCACUUCGACCCUGGUCACAGAGCCGACCCAGCGCUGCCCAACCUCCUUGCAACAGCAACAAAAGUGACCGAUCUCUCUCCUCAUGUGGGCACGGAAAUCGACGGCGUGCAGCUCUCUCAGCUUUCUCCUGCCGGGCUAGAUGAAUUGGCUUUGAUGGCAGCGAAGCGUGGGGCACUGGUCUUCCGCAACCAAGACUUUCGAGACAUCGGCUUCGAGCGACAGAAGGAAAUUGUUCGCCAUUUCGGGCCGCUCCACAUCCACGGAUGGGCGCCACAUCCGGCAGCCGGGUCUGAAGAACACAUGAUCAUCUAUGACCACAAGGAGGACCUCCGAGUACGCAAGUCCUGGAAGGGGCGCAGUCCGGUUCAGUGGCACACGGACCAGUCACCGGAGCCGCAGACUCCGGGCACUACCUUCAUCUGCAUGCUUGAGUCGCCGGCUAUGGCUGGAGGCGAUACUCUCGUCAGCUCCAGCGUCCAAGCUUUCAAGUCACUUUCGCCUCGGUUCAGGAAGCGCCUCGAAGGACUCACGGCGAUUCACAGCAACAAUGACGGUGUAACACAAGAGUUGAAGAACGGACAGGAGGCUGUCAUGCGCAGGGCUCAGCUUGUCCAAGAACACCCCGUGGUUAUUAUUCAUCCCGUUACCAAAGAAAAGGCUCUAUAUGUGAACCCCGUUUAUACCAAGAAGAUUGUGGGUUUCGAUGAAGAAGAAUCCGAUUAUCUCCUUGGAUUUCUCUUUGACCACAUUGCCAAGCGCCAGGAUUUCCAAUGCCGUGUUCGAUAUGAGGCUGGAACCGUACUUGUUUGGGACCAGCGUGUGACCAACCACUCCCAGACAUUAGACUACCCUGCCGGUAAACGUCGACAUGCGUUCCGUUUAACUCCGCUGGCGAACAAGCCAAUUCCAGCCAAAGUUGAAGAAGAUGACGGAGAAUGUGAGAGAGAGAUUGCCCGCGCUUCACUGGGACUCUGCUAG